GUCAAAAGAAACUAUUUUAAUGAAUAUUGUCAAAGUAAUUCAACCCUCUCAAAAAAAAUGUCUUUAGUUUUCAUCACAAAUCACAAUGAAGUCAUCACUGAUAUGUUCAAAGGUCCCACACGCCAACCACGAGGUCCACUAUAUAAAGGCAAAUUUCACGCGGAGCGUGCCAAAGAGCAAAGAACUCACGCCACAAUGGGUGUGCCGCAGGAAGAGCCACCCGAUCCGCAAAAGUUUUUGAAAAAAGGCCACGGUCAGCCUUGCUACACGAAGUCCAUAGAAUUGGAAAAACCGGGACGGAUUUGUGAGAAACUGCAAGCGAAGCACAAAGCUGAUACGCCUUUGGUUCGAGAUUUGUACGAAGCUCAUAAAAUUCAUGAAAAACUUGUAGAAUCGACCAAGAAUUUUGUUAAAGGUAACAUACAGAAGGCUAAAGAAAUGAAAGCCAAAGAUCCGGACCGGAAAAUCGUUGUUGAUAGAGUCGGUACGAAAAUUAAUCCGGUAGCGCAAGGCUUGGAGCCGGUUUACAUCAAAAAGCCCGUUUACGGUGAUUAUCCGAAAUAUCUGAAAAAAUUCAAAGAAGAAGCCGAAUUGAAACGCCACUUGACUAAAGACGUAAUGGGCACAGGAACCAGCCAUCAAGCGUUGAGAUGCAAAUACAUUACGGGAAUGCAGAAGCGGGAGAUGUUAGCCGGACUGAAACACAAUUGGGAAGAAUCGUUGAAACUUUUACAACAAUUGCCUAUUUUUACUGAUACUCUUCCGAAAAAGGUGAAAAAAACCAAAUUGGAGAACUGUCUCAAACAACUGGAGAGGGAUAUUGUCUUGUUGGAGAGACAUUCUUGUAUUUUUGUUUAUGACGACAGGAAAAAAGCAAAAACACCUUAAGAAUGAUUUCA